AUGACUAAUUUUUUGGUGACGGAGAGACUUAAGUCGACCGUCUUAGGAUCAAAGUUAUCUUCUGUUGAGAAGGAAAAGUUGACUUCAAAUGCUUUCAUUAGUCAUGAACAGUUAAUUAACUUCUUCAUUGAUGCUAAACCAACAUCUACUUUGCUUGAUUUAUUAAGCUUAACAAAGAUGAAUAUAACGAAUAUGAAUGAGUCAUUGAAAGAUAGACCAAAGUCACUUGCCUUCUUGAAAUCGAUGGAGAUCUUGAGAUUAAAGGCUAAAGAAGAGGAAUAUCAGAAACUUAUUACACCUUCAACUGGCUAUCUGACGCUUUAUGAAAAUUUGGACGGCUAUGAAAUUACACCGGCGAAGGCUCACAAGGAACUUAAGAGUCAAUUGACCACAAUUGUAAAUAUAUUUAUCAGUGUUGGCAGCGUAGUUUAUGCGAUUUGGUAUUGGACGGAAACUUCAUGGAGACUUGAGAUCGGUCUUCGGGUUCUACUUUGCUUGUUUUUUGGAUUGUUGAUAUUGGUUGCAGAAGUAGUUGUCUACAUGGGAUAUUUGAAUAAAAUCGAAGAAGCAAAACUUAAAGAACGAAAGAAGAAAGAGAUCAAGACACUAAUCAAAACGUUGGAGUAA